AUGGCAAGAUAUUGGUUUGGCUUGCUGUUCUUAUUGGUCAAGACCGCUGUUGGGGGACCAGAAAGUGAGGUGGAAGCUUUACGCAAUCGCCUCCUUCCGCACCUGGUCAACGACUCAUCGAUGUGUGAGAGACUCCUUCACAAACUCUUUCCCAGGCCCAAUCGAACCGAACACGAUGGUCUCGAUGGCAAAGUACCCCGCUGGUUGCCAGGCAAUUUGUGGCGAAGGGCCGACUCGAUUGGCAUAGGCUAUCCUGCAGCUUUAAAGUCCUACGUCCGGCUGCUUGCUCUAUCAAUUACGGGUUCUCUGGAUAUUACGCCCAUUCACCCCAUGGAACCAAUGCGACGAUGGUGCGGACUUGACUGGCCGCGUGAAGGCUUCUCGAUGGUCGGUUUGCUCAGGCUGAGAAAUGUGGCAGAUCUCUUGCUUGAUGUUGUGAGCAAUAAGAUCCCAGGCGACUUUGUCGAUCUUGGGGUUUGGCGAGGUGGCAUAAGCAUGUUUGCUCGAGGUCUAUUUAACGCACUGGAGAGCAAAGACCGACUUGUCCACUUGUUUGAUGCCUUCGACUUGAUGGUUCCAGACUACGAGCCGGAACAGCGGAAGCUGCUGGCGGUGAGUCCAAAGACGAUCAAAGGCUGGUUUGAGAUGCUUGGAAUCGGCCAUCAGGAUGUCGUGAUUCACCGAGGGUUGCUGUCGGAUACGUUGCCACCAUUUCAUCGAAAGCACAGAAACAGCAGCUUUCAGAUAUCAGUUUUGCGAGUGGACGUGAAUUGGUAUGAUCCACACCAAGAUGCGCUGUACUACCUUUAUGAAUUUGUGCCCAUUGGGGGAUAUGUGAUUUUCGAUGAUGUGCGCUUGAUGCCCAGAAUCACCCAGUUUUGGGCGGACUUCCAACAAGAUCAGGCUUUCACGGAGGAGCUCGUAGCCAUUGACGCUUUCUCAGCAUACUUUAGAAAGACCAAGAAAGCAGCCCAAACUGAGUUGACCUUUAAGUUGCACUGGAGGUGGUGCCAUCAGUACGAUGAGCUUCAGGAACGGAAAGCUCAGCUCAAGACAGACCUCAAGUCCAUGAAGGACUUCUUCGCAUGCGUUGAGGACAAGAUUCUGCAAGACUUUACCCGCUUGGACAUUGAAAAGAAAGGCCACGCCCUCAAGAUCCUCCAGAAUAAGAUGUUUGGCCAUUGA